GCGGAACCGAGCGAACCGUUGCUAUCACUAAUUCGGACGACGACACUCUUACUGAAGUGCCAAGGAAGCAGGCAGGAUAUAUGUGCGUUCACCCGGCGUCUCUUCGCCUAUGGAUGGCAAAGGUGCAACGACAAGGCUAUCGAAACGUGAGAAAGACCUUUGCACGUUGGUUGCCCUCCACAAAUCAAUAGAUGCAAGCUUAAACAGGCCCAUCGCUGCCUCGAGGCGUAUUAAAAGGGAAUGUCACUUCCGGAUUUCCUCAGACAUCGGAGCAACUCAUUAAAACGCGCAUCAUCAAGAAUGAAACUGCUCGCAACCCUGACUGUCCUGUGCUACGGCACACUUGCCAUUGCCGUUCCAGCGCCCACGCCUCCGAAAACUAUUGAGGUGCCGCCGUGCGUACCCGCAGCUUCACCAAGAAAUACCUCAUUCAGGACGACGCUCUACGCCUCAUAGACUCCGGUAUCAACCAAAAUGCAACGCUUCCGCACAUGGUCACCGGUCAUGACGCCCACGACAACACCACGAUCUAUCUCGAUACCGGCUAUACCCACCUUUUCAACACCAAAGACCGCUCCAACAACUUGCUUGCUGGCGCAGGAGCAAACACGACGAACAACAAAGACCUCAAUCGGCGCCUUUGGUGCAAUGAAGAAUACGUUCGACUCCAAGUAAACCAGGAAUGGGCUUGGCGUACGGGGUACAUUCAGAUCGGUUCCGAAAUGCGCUGCCAUCGGCGCGAAACCUGCAUUUGCAGCAUCAGCUACUCUCUCACCCGUACCACCCAAUACCAGACCAACGUUGGCUUCGACUUUAAACUCCUCAAAGACAUCACGGGCAAAGUUGGUGUGACGGUUGGUUGGAGUGUUGCAUCUAGUGUCAGUAGUAUCUACGCUAGGCAGAUCAAAGAUGAGGCCUGUGCGUACAUGACCUUUGCUGGGGAUAUGUACAAUGUCAAUGAGUGGAAGGUUUGGGGCGAGAGAUGCUACGGAGAUGAUUUGGGUCCGACGUUUGAAGAGCAUUGGGAUUGGUUCCAGACGGAAUCACCUCAGGAAUUUGCGGAUAGAGAUGAAUGGAAAGGGUCGUACGAAUCCGCUUCAUGCUAGAUAGUUAGAUGAACGUUAGUGGUCAAUUUACGGUGCCUUUUACACUUCUAUAAUAGUCUUUCUCAGUUUGAUGUUAUGCUCCACAUAGUUCAUAGAACCAUUAAAAUCAUAUACUACUACUAGUUAGCUCCAAAUUGUAAUACUGUG